AUGGCGGAUGCUGAAGGAGACGAGGAGGUUCUCAUCGAGGAGAUUUCUCCUGAUGGAAAAUCCGCCUUCGACCACUCGAAGGACAAGGCCAAGGAUUUGUCCUACUACUACGCCCACCAGCCGGAAUCGGAGAAGGGGUUCCCUGCAGAAGCCGUGGUCCGGAAGGACGAUCCCCUUGCCCGCGCCGAUGGUUUGGGUCCGAAGGCCUUAGACGAGCGGAAGCCAGUGGAAGUCGACAAUGUCAGAUGGGUCAACACCAUGUCGUAUUCUGACGAUGGCAAGGUGGUGAAGGUGUACGUCGAUUUCCCCGAGGAGAUCAAGGGUGCCGAUAUCACCUGCGAAUUUGAGCGUUUCGGCGUGGAGCUGAUCCUCCGCUUGCCGAACGGCAAGCUCUAUGGCGUCCGCGUCAAGGAUGCGGAGGGAUGGGUCCUGGAGCACGAGCGGAAGAAUGGCUGGGCCCAUGAGAUCGAACCUGAGAAGUGCAAGUAUCGGGUUUCCUCCAGCUCUCCACGCAUCACCCUCACACUGGCGAAGAAGGACGAAAAGGAGAAGUGGUACGAACUCCGCAAGAAGGACAUCAGAUCAACCUUCUGA